UUGGAACAUCACCGUAACUGUAUUUAAUGACUAACGAUGUCCUGUUAAUGUAAAAAAAAUACCCUUUUUAUCAUUGGUUUCCGUCCCGGAGCCUCAGAUGAAGCGGCUUUGAGGAUAAUGAGCGCUUUGGUCUGGAGCCUUUUGAAGUGUCGGAGAACAAACAGUGGAUUUGAAACAAAGUAGCGACGUGUUUCUGUGUGGAUUUGGGAUCAAACGCAUGAAGGAGAUGAAUGAUCAGUGAAUAUCUGUGGUGCCUGAAAGUCAGGAUCUAAGCUCUACAGUCAGGAACUCCUGCUUUUACUGGACUGGAAAUUGGAUUUGGAAGGACCCAAGGAAGCCUGUUAAUGUCACACAUUCUCUAGUUACCCCUCAUAGUCUAAAAGCCUUUUUAGACCCUCCCCGUCUUCAUUUUUAUCGAUGACAUCAUGGUCCUUCGUAGGCCAAAUGUAACAUUAAGGGAUGUCGGUGCUGAAGUCUGAGGGGCAUCUGUGUCAAAUGGAGGCAAACACCAUUUUGUUUAUUUGAACCCACCCAUCUGUUAAUAAUCCCAGAAUUGAAAAAAAUUAAACCCACCAUGCAGGGAAGGCCCAGGCAGGCCCAGCAGCAGCUAGGAUGCCCAUCACCCAGGAAAACGCGCUGAGUCAUCUGUCUCUGCUGGAGAGCUGGCUGAGGGUGAACCAGAGGGAGCAGGAACAGGAGGAUGAGCAUGGGAAGAAUACAGGCAGAGCUACACCAUGUCAGGCUGCAGUCCGCAAGUUGGUAGAGUACAUCCAGCUGAACUUUACAGACUGCGAGGGUCGCACAUGCAAUGGCAGCACGAUUAAGGACGACGCGGACGUAGAGGUGCGGGCCAUCUGUUUAAGCAAGGCUGAAGGAGAUGGCACUGAGUUUGGGCUCAGCUUCGGGAACAUUCCCAUCUUCGGCGAUCCUGAAGGGAAGAAGAAGGUGCGGCGCAGGCGGCGCAAGAGUGAUAAGGGACCUGUGUUGGAUGUUGGGUGCAUUUGGGUGACAGAGGUAAAGAAGAAGAGUCCCGCAGCACAAUGCGGUGACAUCAAGUUGCGGGACGAGCUGCUGUCCCUCAACGGCCAGCUGAUGGUCGGAGUGGACGUCACCGGAGCCAGCUACCUGGCAGACCAGUGCUGGAAUGGCGGCUACAUCUACCUGAUCAUGUUGCGGAGGAUCAAGCGCAAGGCACCUCUCCCUCCGUGCAAUGGCAGCAGUGGCUGUGCAGAAAAUCCCACUGAGCACUUCGGCAGCGUGCGUUCAGAGUCUGUGGUCGGCAGUCCGGCACAGAACGGCAAGCGAACCCGCAAGUUUGGCGUUAUCUCCCGUUCCUCAUUUACCCGAGACAACAAGGACGGCAAUGACAUUCAAGAUCACAAACAUGAGAAUGGCUUCUCUUCCAUGGAGACAGAGGCUACAUCAUCAGAGACCGGCACCCCACUGGGCAUGCCAACAGAGGAGAGUCCAGUCACUGGUCAAUCUGUGGCCAUAAACAAUAAUAUCAGCGCUGCCACUCUGCCCGAUCGCUCCGACUCAUGCCUGUCAAACAGCUUAAAGUCUCAGCCAGGAAGGAAUGAUCCAUCCAGCCAGCCCAAGGAGGGCAGUCGUAUCUGGAAGAUGCACAUGGUCAAGGGGCAGGACGGCUUGGGCAUCCAGAUUACCGGUGGCCGCGGCUCCAAACGUUCACCGCACGGCAUCAUCGUGGCUCACGUGGAGAAAGGUGGAGCCGUACAGAGGGACGGGCGACUAAAGGCGGGUGAUGAGCUGCUGAUGAUCAACGGUCAGUCUCUAGUUGCCCUCUCACAUCAGGAGGCUGUGGCUGUCCUUCGUGCCACUUCAGGCCUCGUGCAGCUGGUGGUGGCUUCCAGGGAUGAGUCUGAAGUUGACUUUCACAAAUACCCAUCGAGCAGCCUGCCUGAUCUUGUGAGCACAUGCUCAGCUCAGGACACUCCACCAUCCCCAGGGGACGGGAAAGAGAACAUGGAGCCGGAUGUGGAGGACGUGAGGGCCAGCAGCCUCUCACUGCCCACCCAGGGCUCAUUCACAGAUCUGGAUAAGCUGGAUGAACAUGGCCGUUUUGAGGGACCCAAAGGAUGUCGUAGUCCAACCCCUAUGAAAUUCCGCAGCAGAUCCCAAGGUGGCGGCAGUCGUCUGGAAUCUGUCGGAGAGGAUGACGAGUUGAUGGUUGAAAAUGGCGAAGCAGGAAGUAACGUGACGGAGAAAUCAUCACAUGGUAGGCGGAAACAUUCCCUUCCACAUCAGCUGGACACCGUGGGAAUCCGACAGGAAUAUCAAAUCGUGAAGAAAUCAGCACGGUCUCUAAGUACUGUUCAAGUGGAGUCUCCAUGGCGACUGGCUCAACCAUCUAUUAUCUCCAACAUUGUCCUGAUGAAAGGACAGGGCAAGGGUCUGGGUUUCAGCAUCGUUGGUGGCCAAGAUUCUGCACGAGGUAGGAUGGGGAUAUUUGUCAAGACCAUUUUCCCCAAUGGAGCAGCUGCAGCAGAUGGGAGACUCAAGGAGGGGGACGAAAUCCUAGAAGUGAAUGGAGACUCUCUUCAAGGCCUCACGCAUCAGCAGGCCAUUCAGACCUUCAAGCAAUUAAAGAAAGGGGUUGUAACACUAACUGUGCGAACUCGUCUGAGGAGCCCGAGCUUGACCCCAUGCCCAACGCCCACCCUGCUCAGCAGAUCCAGCUCACCCAAUUCCAACACCAGCAGCAGCACCCCUAUACCACCAGGCUUCGACGAAGGAGAGUACCGUAAGGGACCAGGCCCAAAAGACCGCAUCGUCAUGGAGGUUACGCUUAACAAAGAGGCUGGUGUGGGGCUGGGGAUUGGUGCCUGCUGUUUAACGCUGGAGAACAGCACUCCUGGGAUCUACAUUCACAGCCUGGCUCCAGGAUCUGUGGCCAAGAUGGACGGCAGACUUAGCCGAGGCGACCAGGUGUUGGAGGUAGACUCCGUAAGCCUACGGCAUGCCGCAUUAAGUGAAGCCUAUGCUAUCCUGAGCGAGUGUGGACCUGGCCCAGUAAGCCUGAUCAUCAGCCGACAUCCAAACCCCAAGAUGUCGGAGCAGGAGAUGGACGAGGUGAUCACUCGCUCUACUCACAGAGAUAGCAUGAGCAGCCACUCUUCCUACAGUCUGGGACAAUUAUCCAAAAGCCCAUCUCCCAUGAUGAAGACCAGGCAAGGUGAUGGCAGCCAGACCCUCAGCUGGACUAUGAAAAGGUUUUUAGAGCCGGCCAGCCGGCAAGCUUCUCUGAGCUCUGAGGCCGAGCUCUCUCAGUACUUCUCCCACGAUGUCCCUAUCCAAUCUUCCCUUUCAGCGAUGGGCUCUAGUGAAGAUGGUGUGCUUCACAACAACAGGAGCUGCAGUACCUCAGUGGAAGAGUCAACAGCACCUCAGUUACAUGCUUAUAAAGAGGGUAGCACUAGCUCGUCAGGCCCUGUUAAUCGAUCCACAGAGCGGCAGGCUAGCGUGACCAGUAGCCCCAGCUUAGUUCGUAGCCCCCUUUUACGUCAACGCUGUGUUAUUUGCUAUGAGGAUGAGGCCAGUGAUGAAGACGAAGAUGUAGGACCCUUUCGUCACGUAAAAUGUGGCACCUCUGAUACCGCUCGUCACCAGGAGGAUGACUCAGGCAUUGUCGUGGCAACAUCCUCAGUGGAAGUGGACGAGGAAAGCCAAGACAGCAGUGAAGGCAACCGGCUCGAAGCAGUUACACCAUUUUACAGCAGCUCACUGGAGUCAGUGGAAGGGAGUGGAAACACUGCAGAACUGCCUUUUAUGCCCGUUUGCAGCUCUGAGCAUGGCACAAGGAAAGAUGCCAAGCGCUCACCCAAGCUGGAGCACAAAGCUGUAACACGUGUUAAGAGCAUGAUGAGCAUUGAAUGCUCUAACCUACCACAGAAACCCAAGACUGAGGAGAUUACUGUAGCACCCCUCGGGGCCCACAACCAAGCCACCCAAAGAGGGAGAACCCAGCACCACUGCAGGAGAGGUGAACCCAGUGAGCUAGCAGGCAUCUGCACUAUCGAGACUGUGGUUCUAAAGCGCAGUGAAUCUGAAUCCUUUGGACUUGACUUGGAGAUCAAGUCAUCUCCUCUGAAGGUUCUGAUUACUGGACUGAGGCCUGGAGGUGCUGCUGAGAGGGAAGCCAGAGGGAGAAUGAAUGUGGGAGAUGAAAUAGUUGCCAUUGGUGACACUCCAGUGUGCACCUCAUCCUAUCAGGACAUUUGUGAUCUGAUGCACAACCUGCCAGUCACACUGACCUUAGAGAUUCAAAAGCCAGUCUCAGCUGUAGACCGACUCUCUACUUUGAUGAUGGCUUCUGGCACCGAGCAGUCUACUACGAUAGAGAUGUCUAGAGCUCCACCUGAGGAGAAAAUAAGCACGGACAAAACCGCUGUUGAAAAUGAAGAACGUUCCCCUACAGAACCGAAUUUUACGGCGAUGGAAGCAAUCCACACCGAAGAGGUGCCUGUCACUUAUAUUGACGACAUCACAGAUGAGUCAAACAUAUUUGAAUCCAAUACAAAGUCAGGAUCAACAACUAUUUCUGAUACUACUGACAUGCCUCCAUGUGCAGAAAGAAGCAGCAGUAACUCCAAGAACAACGAGAGCGUGACUAACCCACCAUUACAACCGAAUCCUUUGGAUUUUUCUGUCUUGGAUUCAGGGAACAAAGGUAGCCUUUUGCCAGUGGCGAAGACAUUUCUGAACAGUUACUCCAGGAAUUAUAGUCAGCUUUUGAAUGAAAACACAGACCUUUCUGUAAAAGGUUGUGAGGACAAAUCAAAUAUGUACAAUAUGUUAGAUGAUAGUGAUUCUGAGAGUGACUCUGCUACAGAUGGUGCUGUGAAAAAAGAAAAGGCUCAGAGUGACUGUAAAGAUACUCAGGACACUGACUCUGAUGAGGAAGUUGAGCUGUGUUACAGCGUCGUCAGUCAGCUUCAGCCAAAUCAAGAGAAGGACAUUUCUCCUACUCCUAAACAAGAUAUCUCAGGAAACCAGACAGAUAAGGGGCUGAUUGCUGAUGAAGUACCUCAAAAAGCAUCUAUGCACUUACAUGACUCAAACAGAACAGACAUUUCUACUUCUAUCACAGCACCACAGAGUCCACUCAUUCCCCAGUCUACAAGUUCAGAGGCUUGUUUGAGUGGAGUCUCUAAGCACGAUUCAGAAAAAAAGGAGACAAUGAGUGCGACUCACGGAGAAAUGCCAAACCCAGAGCUAUCAGACGGCAAGGCUGACGAGAAAAUUGAAAAGGCUUUGGCACCUGUCAAAUCCAGCAUGACACUUUCAAGUGUCAGUAAUCCCUUUGGAGCUCAGAAUAACAGACAUGUUACCCCACGGAGUCAAGAAAGGACAUCUAAAAUGCACUCAAAUGAAUUGUUUACCUCAGAUGACCCCAGUACUGUGCCGGUGCCAUCCAUGUCAACUGUGACGGGGCCAAAGGCUUCACAUAUUUCCAGUGGGAAAUCAUCCAAUACACAGACUACAAAGGCCACAGAGAAAGAACAAACACAUGACCCUAUAUCUCUUUUUUCUGAAACUCAGACCAAGUCCAGCACUCUUAGACCUUUGGAGCACAAGACUCUGAAUAAUGACCCUGUUUCACCCAGCUUAAAUAGCAGAUAUAAACUCGAAGAGAAGUCAAGCAGUUCUGCCAAGUUGAAAGGUUUAAGUAUUAAGAGUAAAUGCAAAGGACUAGAUCAAACAGGAGGUAGAACUUCCAGAGCUGAAAGCCCUUUGUUAAAAAAGACCAGUUGCUCCCCCACUCAAAACCAUAAAUUACCGGUCAAUAGAAUCACCCCUACAAAUAGUCCAAAAAUUAGCAGAUCAUUAGAGAACAGCAGUACUGCUCUUAUUAAUACAGGUGACCAAAGCCAAGACACAACUCUGCCAGAUCUGACCAGUACUUUAUACGCAAAUGACGCUCUCAAAGCUGAACAUAGCUCUGAAACAGAAUCCAAAAGUUGUCUAUCAAAGCAAAGCGAGGCGGUAUAUAAAUGCGAGAACACAACUACACAAAGAACUUUCAUCGAAGUGCGACUUUCAUCUUCUGUAUCGCCAUCUUCUUCAUCUGCACCAGUUUUAGCAUGCAAAGAACCUGCAAAUUCCAAUUCAACACAAGUUCAAGGAAACCAUAUUAUUCUCAAGGAUAACUUACCCUCUUUGGGAACUUAUAUGACUUUUGACUCCACUAAGUCUAUAAAAGAGCAAAACGAUUCUAAUAGAAGUUCACCUAAACCUGUGGACAUUACUCCCACAGAGCCUACAUGUCUUAAACCAGGCAAAUCCAAACAUUACCUCAAAUCACUGGAUCGAAGGAGCUACUCCACAGAUAGCGACGCUUUCAAACGCCACUCCUUUUCUGUUCAGCAAAGAAUCAAAUCUUUUGAGAACUUGGCUAGUUUUGAACGUCCAGUUGUAAAAGGCAUUGACAUCCAGUCUUACGCUGUUGGCUCGAAAGCAGCUAUCCACAAGAGGUUGUUUGGUCCAGCCCAUUCCAACGAUAAUUACCCCUUAAAAAGGAGUCUUAGUUCUUGUGCAGAAAUUUUAACCUUAGGUCACUAUUCUUCAGUGCAGUCACAGAGCUCUUCUUCUAAUACAGUUAUGAAUUAUGAAAAUUCUGAAUCAUCACCUUCAACCGGACCCACUGGGACGCUCGUAGAGAAAAGGGCAACACCCGAGGGCGCCGUACCUCUGUCCAGUACAGUACCGCAUACUCCACCAGUGCUGCGCUCCCGUAACUCCCGGUCUAAUAGUGGAAUAUCACGGUUAAAACUAAGGGAACUGAGAGCACUUAGCAUGCCUGAACUUGAUAAGUUAUGCACUCAGGACUUCUCACAGGACCCUGGCAAUGUCAUGUUUAAGACAGAGCUGGAAAUUCAACCUACAAGGCCCGCAAAUUCCUCAUCAGGCGGCCUUCAGUGUACUGUGGUGACCAGGAUGAGUAUGGUGGAGCCUGGCUCAACUGGCAAUGGGGAGCAUGCUCAAGAACAAACCAUGAGACAGUCAAGUUGGUCUGUUAGUCUGAAAGAUUUAUCAUCUUCACCGGUGGAGCGGAAUGAGGUGCAGAAUGUCCUAAAUUCUUUUCCAGCUGUAUUGGAUGUGAUGACUCUGAUAAAGGAGGUUAAAAAUGUUUCAGAGGUUAAAGAAGAUACGUAUUUUGUGAUCUUGACAAAGAACGAGGGUUCUGGACUGGGUUUCAGCAUCGCUGGAGGGAUGGAUCUGGAGCAGAAAUUGAUCACUGUCCAUCGGGUGUUCACUCAAGGUGCCGCCGGCUUGGAAGGUACCAUUCGUCGUGGGGACAUUGUGUUGUCUAUAAAUGGGAGCAGUCUAAGUGGGAGAACCCACGGCGAAGCUCUCUCCUAUCUCCAUCAGACCAAGCUAGCCAAAAAGGCACUCGUGGUUAUUCAGAGAGGAAAAGACAGUGAACCUGUCACAGUUAGACAGGAACCUUCUUUAAAACCCAGAACAGGUUCUUCUUCUGCCUUUCCAGACAUCAGCAGGGAAAAUGGAGCAGCUGUGGAGGUCGGGCCAGAUGGAGCAUUAAUAGUGGAGCUGCUGAAGACAUCAGCAGGUCUGGGUUUCAGCUUGGAGGGGGGCAAAGCUUCAGCCCAAGGCGACCGUCCUCUCUACAUCAAACGCAUUUUCAGAGGAGGUGCUGCUGAACUCUCCCAGGUUAUAGAUGUUGGAGAUGAGCUCCUGGCUAUCAACGGCAGGUCUUUGCAGGGCCUAAUGCACUACGACGCCUGGAAUGUUAUAAAGACUGUGUCUGAGGGCCCAAUCCAGUUAGUCAUUAGAAAACCACGCACUUCCGUAUGACCUCCGUGGACUCGUUUGCUGUAUGUAUACGCAGUGCCAAACUGAUCUUGUAAAUACUGUAUGAAGACUUUUUACAUUUUUAUACUUGUUUUUCUACCACGUCUAAUGUGACGAUACAUUUUCGGAUGUUAAUGGAUUUUUCUGUUUCGAAGGAGGGCAUCAUCUCUAUGAGUAUUUGUGCAAUCGGUGUAGCUAAGCAGGUACUUAUCUGUACAGUGUAAUUACAUGAACAUGAAAUGAUCUUUUUUUGCUCUAGAUGGAUUUAUUUUAUAAAAAGCUUCUUACCCAAUGAUGCUAAAGUUCUGUUUGACUGAUUGACUGACUUGAAGCUUUCACAUUGGCAGUCGUGAAAUCGUUCCUAUUUCCUUUUCAUUUCCUCACUGUCCUUUUUUAAGCCUAAUCACAGCCACAUAAAAGUAUUUACACUUCCUGUAUAAAAAUGCUUGUUUUGUUCUAUUUGUUGCGCUAAAACAUAUUAGAUUUGAAAUAUUACAUACUUCUGAUGGAACCGCUAGCUGUCAUAUGUAAAAUAUCACACGUUUUACCCCACAGCUUUUUUUUUCUGAAUUGCUUUUCCUGACUAACUACAGAAUAUUUCUCAGAACACAAUUGCCUUCUAGUAGCUGUGAAUAUUUUUCAGCAGAUAAACUUAUUACAGACCUUGAACCGUAACUCUGAUAUGUCGAAUCGACACAUUCUGCAUGAAUUAUUUGUGUAAAUAUUGCAAUCAUGAGGAAUAUCGCCAUGAAUACUGCCCUUUUGUAAAGAGACGUGAACUAUUUUUUCAGUGCAGUGCUGUUAUUUAUUUUGUAAUCUUCCUUUCAAUUAUGUUAACAUUUCCUUCCACUUAUAAUUUUGACGUUUUUCUUUUCUUAAAAAAAAAAACAAGGACUCACAAAGGUACUGAUAGCAUCUUUAUAUAUACAUGCUGUUGCUUCAUUGUAGAGUUUAUGCUGACCUUAUUUAUAUAAGCUCAUCUGAAAGAGGCCUGGCAUUUUGUGCAAAACAUAUUUGGUACAUACGUAUAUUAGAAUUCUGUUAUAAUAUUAAUAAUAAUAAAAAAAAAGUCAGUUUA